AUGCUGCUGCCGGAAAUGCUGGUGAACUCGGCGCUCACCUUUGCAGCCACACCUGCAAUCCUGGCGAGCGAAAAACCCACUGAACGCGGCAACCGCUGCGCCGAGGUUUGCGCCGUAUGUGGGGAUUUUUCCACGGGAUAUCACUAUGAGGUGCCGAGCUGUAAUGGAUGCAAAACCUUCUUCCGGAGAACAAUCGUCUCCGAACGAGUCUUCAAAUGCCAUAAAAAUGGUAAUUGCCUUUUUAACAAAGACAUACGUUGCGCCUGCCGGGCUUGCCGUUUCAAAAAAUGUCUGGAGGUUGGGAUGAACCCGAAAGCAAUCCAAUGCAGCCGGCCACCAAUGCUACCGUACCAUGCCUCGUUGACCCCAAAAUCCCCUGAAGAUUCGCUGCCUCAUUCGGCACCUUUAGGAAUUGCAACAAAUGCGUCUCUAGAUACGAUGCUACCCCAACGGAAACGAGCCUACGAUAUUUCGUCUUUACUUGGCAUGAGCACCCCAUCAACAUCUGGUGUCCAAGAGCCAGUCGAUGUCAAAAUCAAACUCGAAGACUGUGACGGCAAUUCCGGUUACGGUAGCUCGUCCGGAUCCCCAAGAGCCUCAAAAACACCUCGACUAGACCAAGAACAGAUGAUCACCUCCCUACUGAUGUACGAAAGUCGGGCAGACUUCCUGCGAACUUCCGAUUUUGAGCCUGCCGUCAGCCUCCUCGACUCAUUAACAAAACCCUGCGGAUUGGAUGAUAUUACAAAAUAUGCGCAGCGCCAAAACACCACCAUCCGGACAAUGGGCCAAUGGGUCGAUCUCGAGAUCACCAUCUGUGUCGAGUACGCAAAAGCGUUCGAAGCGUUCCGAAACCUCUCAAUUGCUGACAAGUGUGUGUUGAUCGACGACACGUGUAUGCCGUUGGCGCUGCUAUCCCUGGCCCUCUCCACUUAUAAUCGGGGGCUUCCCGGUGUUUUGACCCCCGAUGGGCAGCCGAUUGAAUAUGAUGGGCUUAAUAAUGAAUUCUUCUCCUCCCGAAUCCGUGGGCCACUUGAUAGGAUCAACAUGGAUCGGACAUCACUCGCGCUCCUUAAAUGCAUUAUAUUCCUCCAUGCAGAGUGUUCCGCAUUGUCUGACGCUGGCAGGAUGGCGUUACAUGCGAGGAGGGAGAAGUAUUAUGAGGGGUUGAAUGCGCAUGUUUUUAAUACGCAGGGAACCAAAGCUCCUUCCCAAAUGUGUGAUCUUGUCGCAUUGGCGUGGACACUUUUCCAAGUAUCCGCUAAAGUUCGUGAUUCUACCAUCACAAACCCAUCACUCCAUAAACAAGUCAUCGACACCUCAGCUGUCUGGAAAGCUCAA